AGCAGGCCGGAUAUGAAGAAUCCCAGCAGCUGAGCCAAUCACAUUAGCCCCUGACGAUCUUUGGUGGCCUCGAGGAAUAAGGAUAGGAUAGUGAGGAGAGAGAGCUAGGGAGAAUAUAAUCUAUACAGUACCCGGUGGUUUGAACGGCAAAUGGGUAUAUAGGUAAUCAUUAGGAAGGCUUCGAAGGCUCCAACUUGUUUAAAUAACCAGCGGGAGCACAAUCAUUCCGAGGGCGAUGGCAGGGCUACAGGCCACUAACCGCUGUAACAAGCCCACAUCUGGUGGUCCCGUCUGGCUCUUCGCAGUUAGCCCUUGGAGCAUGGGCGGUUUAGUGAGCAAAACCCCCAACCCAACCAACGAUGAUGGUGUUAUUUAACCAACAACAAACCAAGGAACAACCAAGCACUCACGCUUUUCGACUCUCCAGCUUGGGGACGGACCGCAGCCACCUUUGUUUUUUCCUGCGCAAAACCAGUUCUCUUCUCCCUCUUCUUCCUUCUUCUUCUUCUCUGCUUGCUUUGUAUUAUUAUUUGUAUGUACAGUUUCUGGGCACGUCACUCUUUUUGUGCCUAGUAGUGCUCUGUUUCUUCCGACCCUGGUCCACUCGUUGCCUCCUUUUAGUUGUUACUAUUCUUGUAGUUAGUUCUGCCACCCAAAAGGAAAAACAUCAACCUCCUCCCUCGCUCUCACUCCCUCCUCCCCUUCAAUCUAUCUUCUUCCAUACCUCACUCUCCCCCCAACGCUCACACUGGGCUGUGCAGCUCAGUAGAGUGCUGCAUUUAAUUUAAUUCUCCUACAUGGGCCGUACUGAGACGAUCGUUUUACCCUUUCCUUUCCUUUAAUCGCUGAUCUAUUGCCCAAUUCGCGUUUUCCCACGCCGUUCAAGAACUGCCAUCUUCUUGUCAACACCAAAGCCGCCCCCCCCCCCGGGGCCGCCGACAGAGCUGCUCUUUCCGACCUUGAUAUCCUCCGCACUCCUUCUCUCGACUUUUCCUGUGAAAUUUCGAGUGUACCGGCUACAUCGUUUUAUCGACUACCAUAACCCCACCUCCUCCUCUCGUCCCUCCACACGGCUUUGUUUUGUGUUACAAUCCCGGCCUCCUCGCGAUUUGUCUGGCCAAAUCCACCACAGAGCCCGGCUUUAAUGGAAUCUAGUGUGCUCUACAGGCCGGAGUGGAUUGACCGAUAAAAACCAACGAAAAAGACAGAAAGAGGAGAGAAGAACAGGAGGGAACCCUAAAGAAAAGGAGUAGAUCUUUCUGGCUCAUUCCAGAACGGAUUCGUUGCACAAUAGAAAUAGAAUAGGGCUUGCUGGCAUGGCAGAAGCUGCUGCAACGCAUUCUGUAGAUGCUCUGCCAUCGCCAAGCAGCGUCAAUGGAAAAGAGCAGCCAUGGGAUUUCUCCGUCCCAAUCAGCCAAGAUCCCCAGCAGCAAAAUGCACAUGUCUCAACUGCCUCUAAGCCACGAACUUCCAACGAUUCGACCGCCACAUACUCAAGGUCUAGUCAGCGGCAUAAUCAACCACCUCUAGUCAACGGAACCACGCGGUCUCGGAACUCAUCACGGUCCGGCUCCAGACAGGGCGACACGGGCUAUCUACUGCACAGUCGAGUAGAUGCGCUGGGAAAGCGGGAACCAACACUAAGUCGAACGGGCAGUGAGGUAGAUAGCCUUUUGGAUUUAUAUGGUCGAGACUCAGCCAAUAGGAGUGCCGUGAGCGUGAUGGAAUCGGAGGAAAAAAAAGCUGACAGUGUUGGCUUCGGUAACGAGGAUUUGGACAGCGCUAAUUGGAUCCAUCGGGACAAAUUGGCUAAAAUUGAGAGUGAGGAAUUACAACAAUUUGGCAUCCAGCUCCACCAGAGACAGGUUCGUGCCGGAAGCAAGUCGAGCAGCAGACGAGGCAGGAGCCAUGAUUCCCAUAGCAAUGCCACCAAUGGGACGAUGGAGAUGGGCGAGCAGUGGCCCGGGAUGCGCGAAGAAAAACGGCAGCGGAUCACAUCCCCUGUGCCAGUUGAGUAUGAGGAACAAGAAGAGCCGGAUAACAACGAACCGGUCGUCUUUGAUGACCCCCGCUUACCUGAAGAAAUCGCUGCAGAUCCGUACGAGGAGGGAAAAAACGCUUCCCAAGUAUAUCGCCAAGCUGUUGGACUCAGGAAAAGCGCUUCCAAAAUACCGGUUCUUGCGACGAGUCCUCAUCCCAUCCCAGUAGAACAUUUAGAACGUGAAGUCCCCUUAAAUCGCGCACGAAACAACACGCUUGGGAGCGGAGAUGAUGACAGCAUUUCAUAUGCAAAAACCCGCAAGAUCAGCGAUCCUCUACCGAACGCAACUGAUAACACUCCUGAGCCAGAAGCGCAACCGCAACCGCAGCAGCAACCGGACCGGCAACCACGACCUCAAGCGCAAUCGCAGACGUCAGCUAAUUCAACACCUCCCGCGAGUCGACCCACCAGUGGCAUCAUCACUUUUCCACCGCAAAACUCUCCUCCAAAACCGAAAGCAACUUCUCGACAAACAAGUACCGCCCGUAAAACAUCCAAUCUACCGAAUUCUCGCAAGUCAUCGACAUCGAAACCCAAGGCGACGGCAAGUAGCAGCAACAGCGCCAGCGGUGCAUCCAAUCCGCGUCCGUCUACCAGAUCUGGGGACGACCGUCCCCGGACAGCAGUUAACCGUCCGGAGGGAGAUCCGCCGUGGUUGGCGACCAUGUAUAAGCCCGACCCGCGCCUGCCACCAGACCAACAAAUUCUCCCCACCCACGCGAAACGACUCCAACAGGAACAGUGGGAACGAGAAGGCAGAGUUCCGUCCACAUAUGACCGGGAUUUCGCACCUUUGGCUAUUAAUGAAAUUGAUAAACCCACUCUUCCCAGUCUAGAUACCGAAAAGGCUCGGGAAAGUAAUACCGCUUCGUCCCUGUGGCCACCAACGCCGACGCCGAAAUCUCCGGACAACAACAAUCGCCCCAGCACAGGCGGGACGGACCACGGUGGUUACAAAACUAUACCAACAGUGCAAUCCUCCAUAUCCCCGAAACCAUCGCAAAUCUCAAAACCAAAACCGCAGCCACCACCUGCGGAUGACCCUCCAGUGAAGAAGGGCUGUGGCUGUUGCAUUGUCAUGUAAAUGGAUCCUUAUUUAACAAUAACAACAGCGGGGUUCUCCACGAAAUGCUCAGAUGACAUACUUUCUGAUUAAGAUGCAGCCAAACGAAAAAAUGAAUAAAGGGAAUUAAUACAAGAAAUCCUCCACAAAAUCCCUCUCCGGACUUGGGCAACAUUUCUUGCAACAAACUUCCCGCCAGCUGAUUAACUUUCCUCAAUCCGUGUCAACUCCCCGCCGCCUUCGCCACCUUACCUUAUUCUUAUCUUCUUUUUACCUUCUUGAAAUAUUGUGUUAGUUAUUUAUUUCGAGAACUUUGUACUGUACAUUCAAAUAUACAAGGUGGUCAGGGGCUCAUAUUACCCCUCCCUCCUUGAGUUUUCCUUGUGUUUCUAUUUUUUGAAAGCUUAUCUCAUCCGUAGCCCAUCGGCGUUUAUUUUCUAUUGUUUCAUUCUGUUUUCCUAGCUCUGUCCUUGCGGUUGGUUUGGCUUGCUUUUUUUAAUCCUUUCUUGGCCCCUUUAUUUUACUUUGAGCAAGCCGUUGAACUUUUUCGUCGGCUGUUUAUCUCUCUUUCUUUUCUCCUUUUCCCUUCUUCUCGCUGUGUAUUCUCACGAAUUUUACGAUAUCUUCCUUUCUAAUUGUUAAAUUAUAUUCCCUUUCUUUUUAAGUGGCUUCUUUCUCUUAUUUCCUUUCCUGGUGCUUUUUUUCUCUUUUGUGUUUUCCUUAUUUUCCCCGCGUCCUGUUCUCGUCCUUCCUGCGACUUUUCCUUCAACUAAAAUAUUGCGGACGUCCUUUCCUUAUCUUUUCUAUCUUAUCGAAUUUGGUGUCAUGUACUUUUGAGACUGCAAACUUUCUUGUCGCUGCCCCUGCCAUCCAGCUUUGCUCUUUUCCAUUUUUUUUUCCAUUGAUUAUUUCUACUUACCUUCGACCUAUGUACUUCCUCUUGUUAUGCAAGCUACUUUUACAAUCGACAACAGUCACAAACCAACAAUAACCCGCCCCUACAGAGAUAUUUCCGGGAAUGGUUGUUCUAGCUAUCUCUCAUUCUCAAAUCUCUCUCAAAUCUUAUCCUGCUCUGGUACAUAAAAUCCUUCCGGGCCUAUAUUAUCGCCUAUUCAUAUACCAAUUGCCUCUUCCCGUUCCCACUCCCAUCCCAUUUCUCCCCCCCCUUCUCCUUUUCCAUCGCAGAGACUUUAGCGGAAUAUUUACGGGGAAAAGGAGGGCGGGUAGGAAUAUAUACAUAUAAUAUAAAACAGAAUGGUCUCUCUUCUUUAAAUCUCGUGUUAGAAUUCUCUUUUUUCAUACAUUUUUACAACUAGUUGGUUUACUUAUCAUGCUAUUUGGCUUGGUCUCGAUCCCUGAACCUUCGAUGCCUUUUUUUUUUCUUUCCUUUCCUUUUUCUAUAUAGUUUUAAGAAUAGAGUAACUGAAGAAAUAGAAGAGGGUGUCCCUGAAAAUCGAGUAGGGUUGACGGUAGUCCCACCCCGCACUCCUAUCUUUUGAUAUUUAUUGACUUUAACGUUGACAUAUUACCCUCAUGCACAUAGAAAAGGCACUAUACCGUCCAUUAUCCAAAGCCCCUGUAGUUCAGUUGCUCUUCAGGGGCAUACAGAUGAGAUACCCGGG